UGGCAUUACUAUCAUUUGGCAUUAGUAUCUCUGAUGUCAGUACUCUGUUCUAUUAUUAGUUAAUUAGAAACUUCCAAAACAAAACGUUUGAUUACAGAAAUAUAAUAUAGUAUCCAUAUACAGCAGACAAGAGAAGAUUUGCAUGCAAAAUUAAGAAGCUCUGUAGAGGUAGAUAAAGAAGUCUGAUCAUCAUCUAGCAAAGACAGAAGAAAUGGCUGAAGGGCCUAUUGUGAAACCAACUAAGACCGAGUUUAGAGAAUGCUGGCGGACAAUCUGGCGGACUCCUUAUGUUCUGAGGCUUGCACUAUCUGCAGGCAUUGGAGGGUUUCUGUUUGGUUAUGAUACAGGAGUUAUUUCUGGUGCACUGCUUUACAUUCGCGAAGACUUUGAAUCUGUUAACAAGAAAACAUGGCUACAGGAGACUAUUGUUAGUAUGGCUGUUGCAGGCGCUAUCAUUGGGGCUGCAGUUGGUGGAUACACCAAUGAUAAGUUUGGAAGAAAAAUAUCGAUUUUAUUUUCUGAUGUUGUUUUCUUCGUUGGUGCACUAGUUAUGGCUGCUGCUCCUGCACCCUGGGUUAUAAUUGUGGGUAGACUUCUUGUUGGUUUGGGUGUCGGAACGGCAUCCGUUUCAUCUCCUCUUUACAUUUCAGAAGCCUCACCAGCAAAAAUUCGAGGAGCUCUUGUUGGCUCAAAUGGUUUGCUACUUACAGGGGCACAGUUUUUGUCUUACCUUAUCAAUCUAGCCUUCACCAAGGCUCGUGGAACCUGGCGUUGGAUGCUUGGGAUUGCUGCCCUUCCCGCUCUAAUUCAGUUUUUGCUGAUGUUAUCACUUCCUGAGUCCCCCAGAUGGCUCUGUAGAAAGAGCAGAGUAGAUGAAGCAAGGGCAGUCUUGGAGAAAAUAUUUCCUUCUGAUGAGGUUGAAAAGGAGAUGGAUGCCUUAGCUUCAUCCGUUGAAACUGAAAAGGACGGCGCAGCUGCUAUUGGGAAUGGCAUGUUCUCCAAAGUAACGGCUGCAUUAAGAAACACUGUAGUCCGCAGGGGACUCUAUGCAGGCAUCACUGUUCAAGUUGCGCAGCAGUUUGUGGGUAUAAACACUGUCAUGUAUUACGCUCCGACAAUAGUUCAAUUCGCAGGAUUUGCAUCAAACUCCGUGGCCAUGGCACUUGCUCUCGUCACUACUGGCCUCAAUACUUUUGGCACUCUUAUUAGUAUGGCUUUUGUGGACAGAUAUGGAAGGAGAAAGCUGAUGAUGAUUUCUAUGAUUGGGAUCAUCACUUUCCUUGUGGCCUUAUCUGUUGUUUUUAUAGAAGCUUCUGUACAUUCUCCUAAAAUCAAUUCAGUUGAAUCUGGACAUUUUGGUUCAAAUUCUAGUUGUCCAAUAUAUCUGACAGCAAACGAUGCUUCAAAAUGGAACUGCAUGUCUUGUUUGAAGGCAGAUUGCGGUUUCUGUUCUAAUGCGGCUAGUGAAGUAUGUACAUGCCCAUCAAAAUAUAUCCUCACUUUAAACAGCACCUUUUUGGUGCAUCUAUAUUAUAACUUGAUUUACAAUAAUCAUGUAAAAUUUUUUGAAAAUUAUCAAACCAUUGAAAGUCUGAUUUUGAUUGACUUGCCAUUUUUUUUUUUUCAGUUUCAUCCAGGAGCCUGCCUGGCUGCAACCAAGGCCCUAAGAAGUGCAUGUCGUGCUGAGCAUCGUGUGUUUUACGAGAAGGGAUGCCCAAGUAGAUUCGGAUUCCUUGCUGUUAUGUUUCUUGGACUCUAUAUAAUAUCUUAUGCACCUGGAAUGGGUACUAUACCUUGGAUAGUGAACUCAGAAAUAUACCCGCUGCAGUAUAGAGGCAUCGGUGGAGGGAUUGCAGCAAUGUCGAAUUGGGUUGCUAAUCUUAUAGUGAGCGAAACAUACUUAACUCUCACCGAGCAUCUUGGUGCCGGUGGCACAUUUUUCCUAUUUGCUGGAAUUUCUUGCAUUGGACUUGCAGCCAUUUUCUGGUUUGUGCCUGAAACCAAGGGCCUAACGUUUGAAGAGGUUGAGAAAAUCCUUGAGGAUGGUUACAGGCCAAAAUUAUGUGGAAAAACAAAGAAGAAGAAUGUUGAUUCUGUCUAAAGCUCCAGAAAUUAUUACAAACCAAGGAUUAUUUUUAAUAGUAUAUAGCAAAUUGGAAUCCUAUUUGUUCUAGCAAGUAAAUAUUGCUCUGCUCUGUAUAGUCUAAGUCAUAUCUAUUAGAAAUGUCUGACUGAAUAUUUCAAAAAGGCAAAGCCUUAAUUUUGUCUACAAAUAAUUAAUCAACAUCCUACUGUUUCCUUUUC